AGGGUUGUUUUAAUCCACCCACCCCACAGUUCCCAAAUCACUCCCGGAAUACAGCGGUGUGGGAGGCAGCCGGCUUGCUAAGGGGACAGGGAUGCUGGACAUGAGGGACCAAGGCCUGCCCUGCACUGAGGCCUCUUCCAGCCAGUGCUGAGCAGGGAUUUCUGACCUGCUGGCCAGGUGUGGGGAGGCCUCCGCCUGACUUGAGUCGCCAGUCUCAGCCCCAGGCUGUAGGGAAAUCUGGAAGAUCGCGGAGCCAGCAUGGAGCCUGACAGUAAUCAACCCCUGAACAGCCACGAUGUCACCCGCCUGGACAAACCCCGUACCCGUAUGGAGACCUUCAAGAAGGUGGGGAUCCCCAUCAUCACAGCACUGGUGGGCCUCAUGGCCAUCGUCGUUGUGGCUGUCCUCAUCAAGCAGAUUCUGGACAAAUAUUACUUCUACUGUGGGCAGCCCCUCCAAUUCAUCCCAAGAGAACAGAUAUGUAACGGGGAGCUAGACUGUGCCUCGGGGGAGGACGAGAAGCACUGUGUCAAGAACAUCCCUGACGGGCCUAAAGUGUCUGUUCGCCUCUCCAAGGACCGAUCCACCCUGCAGGUGCUGGACCGGGCCACAGGGAACUGGUCCUCUGCUUGUUUCGACAACUUCACGGAAGCUCUGGCCAAGAUAGCCUGUAGGCAGAUGGGCUAUAGCAGCAAACCUGCUUUCAGUGCCGUGGCGAUUGGCACAGACCAGGAGCUGGAUGUUGUUGACGUCAUAGAAAACAGCAAGGAGCUUCAGGUGCAGAACUCAAGUAGAUCCUGUGUCUCAGGCUCCUUGGUUUCCCUGCACUGCCUGGCCUGUGGGAAGAACAUGAAGAACCGGGUGGUGGGCGGGGCGGAGGCCUCUGUGGAUUCUUGGCCCUGGCAGGUCAGCAUCCAGUACAACAAACACCACAUCUGCGGGGGGAGCAUCCUGGACGCCCACUGGAUCCUCACGGCAGCCCACUGCUUCAGGAUGUUUCUCGAUGUGCCCAACUGGAAGGUGAGGGCUGGCUCAGACAGACUGGGCAACUCCCACUCCCUAUCUGUGGCCAAGAUCAUCGUCAUUGAGUCCAACCCCAUGUACCCCAAAGAGAAGGACAUUGCCCUUGUAAAGCUGCAGCACCCACUCAGGUUCUCAGCCACAGUCAGGCCCAUCUGCCUGCCCUUCUUUGAUGAGGAGCUCGCUCCAGCCACCCCACUCUGGGUCAUCGGAUGGGGCGUUACGGAAGGGCAUGGAGGGAAGAUGUCUGACGUACUGAUGCAGGCAUCAGUCCAGGUCAUUGACAGCACACGGUGCAACGCAGAGGAUGCCUACCAGGGGGAAGUCACUGAGAAGAUGCUGUGUGCGGGCAUCCCGGAAGGGGGCGUGGACACCUGCCAGGGUGACAGUGGUGGGCCCCUGAUGUACCAAUCUGACCAGUGGCAGGUGGUGGGCAUUGUUAGCUGGGGCUACGGCUGCGGGAGCCCAAGCACCCCAGGAGUGUACACCAAGGUCACAGCCUAUCUCAACUGGAUCUACAGUAUCCGGAAGGCUGAGCUGUAACGCUGCUGCCCCUCUGCAGUGCUGGGAGCUGCUUCCCCUGCGCCCUGCCCGCCUAGGGAUCCCCUGAAGUCAGACACAGAGCAACAGCCCCCUUGGGCACACCUCUCCACCCACACUUCAGCAUUUCUUGGAGCAGUAAAGGGCUGCCCUUCCUCUAAGAGGUCCCCACAGCCCAGAGGCACCC